AACUUAAUUAUAAUCAUGUUUACGGUCAAACGAGCCUCCCUCUCCACCCCUCUCUCCCCCUCCCUCCAGCUCGGCCCGGGGUUUGCUAUAAAAGCCACAGCUGCCCCCUUGACAGCCAGCCCCGCUGACCUGGAGACCCCAACGAACAACAUGCAGACUCUCAUCCUCGUGGCGUUGCUCGGAUGCCUCGCCACCGCGUUCGCGGCCCCCGCUGACACGGUGAAGUGGUGCGUCACGUCGGACAGAGAACAUGACAAAUGUAGGGCCCUCGCCGCAAGUGCUCCGGCUUUCUCCUGCGUGAAGAGGGAAAGCGUCCUCAGCUGCAUCACUGCGAUUAAGGCUGGUGAGGCAGAUGCCAUCACUCUGGAUGGAGGGGAUAUCUACACAGCUGGACAGGUCAAUUAUGACCUGCAGCCCAUUAUUGCUGAGGACUAUGGCACCACUGCGGACACAUGUUACUACGCUGUUGCCGUGGUGAAGAAGGGCACUACAUUUGGCAUUAGAGAUCUCCAGGGGAAGAAAUCCUGCCACACUGGGUUGGGGAAAUCUGCGGGCUGGAACAUCCCCAUCGGGACCCUUGUGUCAAUGGGUUUGAUUCAGUGGACAGGCAUUGAAGACCAACCCCUCGAGGAGGCGGUGAGCACUUUCUUCUCGUCCAGCUGUGUUCCCGGGGCCACAAGGAAAAGUCUGUGUAAGCUGUGCAGUGGAGACUGCUCCAAGAGCCACAGUGAGCGUUACUACGACUACAGCGGAGCCUUCCAGUGUCUGAAGGAUGGUGCUGGAGACGUGGCUUUUGUGAAGCACCUCACUGUACCAGAGUCGGAGAAGGACGGCUAUGAGCUGCUGUGUAAAGAUAACACCAGGGCCCCUAUUGACCAAUACAAAAGCUGCUACCUGGCCAGAGCACCAGCUCACGCUGUUGUCAGCCGUAAGGACCCACAGCUGGCUGAACUCAUCUGGAGUAGCCUCGAUGCAGUACAGAAACGCCCUCAGGACUUCAGGCUCUUCUCCUCCGAAGCCUUUGCACCUUCCAAAAACCUGAUGUUCAAAGACUCAACAGAAAAGCUGGUGAAGCUGCCCCCAAGCAUGGAUUCCUUCUUGUAUUUGGGUGCCGGCUACAUGAGUAGCAUCAGUUCCCUUACGAAAGAGUCGACUCCCGCUACGUCCUCUGCCAUUAAAUGGUGCGCUGUGGGUCACGCCGAGACGAGCAAGUGUGACUCGUGGAGCAUCAAUAUUCUCAACGGUGCCACCAUUAUAUGCCAGAAUGCCCCUACAGUUGAAGAGUGCCUGACAAAGAUCAUGCGUAAAGAGGCUGACGCAAUGGCAGUUGAUGGAGGACAGGUGUACACCGCUGGGAAGUGUGGUCUGGUUCCUGCGAUGGUGGAGCAGUACAGCGAAGAGCUGUGCGGCACCGCAGGAGCCAAAGCCUCCUCUUACUAUGCUGUCGCUGUGGUGAAGAAGGGCUCAGGGGUGACCUGGGACAAGCUGAAGGGCACAAAGUCUUGCCACACAGGCGUCGGCAGAACUGCUGGUUGGAACAUCCCCAUGGGUCAAAUACACAAAAAGACUGGUGACUGCGACUUCACCAAGUUCUUCAGCAGUGGCUGCGCCCCCGGAGCAGAGCCCAGCUCUCCAUUCUGUACUCAGUGCAUCGGCAGCGGGGAAACGGUGGGAGAUCAAUUCAAGUGCAAAGCCAGCUCCGAGGAGCGGUACUACGGCUACGCUGGAGCCUUGAGAUGUCUGGCUGAGGGUGCCGGUGAUGUUGCUUUCAUCAAACACACAACCAUUCUAGAAUUUGAGCACAAAAGUGAUUACCAGCUGAUCUGCCCUGGGAAGGAGCCGGUGGAAGUCGAAGACUAUGCCUCUUGUCACCUGGCUAUUGUGCCAGCCCAUGCCGUGGUCACUCGUCCAGAGAUCCGCGAAGAUGUUGUUCGUAUUCUACUGGCAGAGCAGUCUAGAUUAGGUUCCAGCAGCGAUGGCCCAUUUAGCAUGUUUAAAUCAGAACCAGGAAAGAACCUUCUCUUCAAGGACUCCACCAAGUGUCUCCAGGAAGUUGAAGCUGGAACAAGCUAUGAGAGGUUUUUGGGAGCAGAGUACAUGGAUGCCAUGACUUCGCUCAGACAGUGCACUGCCAGUACUCCAGAUCUGGAGAAAUCCUGCACUUUCCAUUCCUGCCAGGAAAAAAACUAGGGACAACCACGGAGCAUGCGGUGCCUCACUCGGCCCUCAGUGAUUCGGGCACUUCAAACACACUGCAUACACUCUACCCAAAAAUUUUCAUAUGUAUUUUCUUUGUGAUCUUGUUGUAGUUGUAUUUUUAGAAAAGCAAUCGUGAAACUGAUACAUUGCACUACCAUUACUUACAAAUCGACCAUCCUGUGAUCAAUCAUGCUACUGCUGUUCGUUCAAUACAUGAUAUUUCAUUACCUGUGUUAUGGGAUCAAUGGUUUGUGAGCACCCUCCUGAAUUUGGUCAAAUAAAGCUUUUUAAUGCUC